GCGGCCGGACUGUCCGGCGGCGGCGGAAAGCAGACGGAGGGCAGCGGCGAGCGCCGGGAGCCGGCGCCGGGGGCUGUGAGCGGCGCGGGCCCACCGAGCCCCGCAGCCCCGAGCCAGCCCGCGCCGCUGCCGCAGGGCCCCGGGGGCGGCGGCCAAGAUGACCGUGCCGAAUGUGCUGGCCAAAGCCCUCUAUGACAACGUAGCUGAAUCCCCGGAUGAGCUCUCCUUCCGAAAGGGCGACAUCAUGACAGUGCUCGAGCGGGACACACAGGGCCUGGGUGGCUGGUGGCUCUGCUCGCUGCAUGGGCGCCAAGGCAUUGUCCCUGGUAACCGCCUCAAGAUCCUGGUUGGCAUGUACGACAAGAAGCCAGCAGGGCCUGGACCAGGCCCACCUGCCACUCCACCCCAACCCCAGCCCAACCUCCCUCAGGGUGUCCAUACCCCGGUACCCCCGGCUUCCCAGUAUAGUCCCAUGCUCCCCACUGCAUACCAGCCCCAGCCUGACAGUGUGUACCUGGUACCCACUCCCAGCAAGGCUCAGCAAGGUCUCUACCAAGCCCCUGGGCCCAACCCACAGUUCCAGUCACCCCCAGCCAAACAGAUAUCCACAUUCUCAAAGCAGACACCUCAUCACUCAUUUCCCAGCCCGGCCACAGACCUUUACCAGGUGCCCCCAGGGCCUGGAAGUCCAGCCCAGGACAUCUACCAGGUGCCACCUUCUGCUGGCAUAGGGCACGACAUCUACCAAGUCCCUCCAUCUAUGGACACCCGCAGCUGGGAAGGAACAAAGCCCCCGGCAAAGGUAAGGCCAACUUACCAAUAAGGCGAAGCCCUAUUGGGUUAGCCUAGGUCCUGGUUUGUGGGCCUAACAGGGCCUGGUCACCAGAGUACCCAUACUCCAGUAUCACUGUGUAUUUGGUCUGAAGUCCACGAGUGAGGUAACUGGAUAAAUGUAUAUAUUUAUCUGAUGAUACAUUUGGUUGUCUGAAUAAGGGACAUUGAGCUGGCCGUGGUGGAUGAGGAAGUCUACAGCAGGCUGCCCUGAAUUGGAAAAUGUUAACCACAGGUUCCAGCCUGUGGUGGGUCUAGAGGUAUGGAGGCAUGCCCUGUAUUCCAAGUGAGCAGCAGGCCAGAGACAGCCUCAGGGGCCUGAUUGAUACCCAAGCUGCACCUGCACAGUUGCUGUUGGUCAAUUUAUUCUGGCCCAAGUGGAAAGUACAGCAAAGCAUAAAGCCUUUGGGUCAGGAAGGUGAGGUUGCAAGGCUUAGAUGUCAGCACAGAGUUACACGGCUCUUCUUAUGAAUUGUGUCCAGAGGCAAGCAGGCCAGAACCAUCAUUGAGAUCCAACCACUGGGGCUGCUCUUUGGCCAACAGGAAGACGGGGAGGGGACAAAAGAGACCACACAUUUCCUAAGGAGCUCUCUUGGAGGUUACUUACAUUGCUUGUUGACCUCUGUCCACCCCGCUGCUCGGGAGGCUAAGCAGUGAGCCUUAUCAGGUGGCUGAGUGUGUCACUGAAAGGGACUUCUCUAAGGAAGAAGGAGCAGAGCUCCUGAAGGACUCUCAGUUCUGUCUCUGGGCCCCCAUGAGGGUGAGGGGAGCUGCCUUGUGCUCAGGGGCUCACACCAAUCCUUCAGCAGUCAUUUCUGGUUGAGACCUAGCCCAUUUAGUUGUUCCUGGCUCCACAGACAUUGGAUCUCUGUGAGGCAGGGCCUCUGGGCUCUAGGCUGUGUCUAGGCCCUCAGCUCCUCCAUGCUACUUUCUGACCCUCUGCUUGUGGAUUAAGCAGGACUGAAUUAGAAGGAGAGGCUCCCUGGUUUCACGCUCAAUCAGGAACCACUUUUCCUUGCGUUCAUUUUGGCCUGUUUUCCUGUAUCAAAGCGCACGCCUUCAAUCCCUGCACUCG